AUGUCAGCUCGAUACAGUUGUAUGAAGUGCCAGACCGACAGUCACAGUUACCUGUACUGCCCUGAAGUGACAUGCCUCCAGUGUCACGAUCAAGGUCACCGUCACUAUGUCUGUCCGAAGCUGAGCAGUCUAGAGAUGCAGGAGAAGCAGAACCUGGCCCCCUGUUACAACUGUGAAGCCCUGGGUCAUUUCGCUGCAGAUUGCCCAGAACCCCGUCGAAAGAAGACUCCCCAUCGCCUGGACCGCUGUUACAACUGUCGAGCCCUGGGCCAUUUCGCUGCAGAUUGCCCAGAACCCAGUCGAAAGAAAACGUUAGCAACACCGUCCACGUCGACACCCGUGGCAUCCGUGGCAACCGUGACCCCCGUGACCCCCGUGACCCCCGUGGCACCCGUGACACAUGUCCUUCAUCUCAUCGAAGACAUGCAUGUCGAUGUCCUCGACCUAAAAGAAUGCCUCACACAACUCCGUGUAGGCAUCACACCUCGUGUAGAGAAAAGAAAACGGAACAGAAGCCCCUCACGAAAACACGUUUCAAAGCGUCGACGACACCUUCCGUCCGAGGAUGAGAUGGAAGUAGAGGAUGGAGAAGUUAGAUCAUCUGAACAAAGGUUGGGAACGACUCCCUCCGGACUUCCAACAAGUCCAACUCCUCUACCCUCUCCAUCUCUGGUCAAAGCUCCGGCCAAAACCAAGCCUAAGGUGAAGAAGACCCCGGCCCCUACCCCUGCUGCACCACGCCCGGUACAGAAGGCCAGGCUGCCCAAAGUGAAGAAGGCUCCACCAGUCGCCCCCAUGGAGAUCCAGGAGAGCCUUCCCACCACCCAUCCGCCCACGACAGCUGCACUGGAACUCGCUCCCCUCGAAUCCAGAGGGGAGGAGCCCUUUCGCACGCCGGAAGGGACUGGCCACGGAAGGAAGAAGAGGAAGAGGAGAAGUAUCUUCUCCCCCGACUCUCCACCCCUCCCAUCACCACCACCCAGCAAGACCACGGAAACCCAGACCGCCACACCACCAGGCCCGUCCCUCAACUCCAGCCAAGUCCAGACUGACCCAGUCCCGGAUCAAGAGGUUGAGGUAGACGACCGUGUCCACCUUGCAGAACAGGCAGAUCUCAUACUGGAGCAGCACAAGGUACACCCUAACCCCUGCUACCAGCAUGAGAACGGAAGUUCGACCUAG